AUGGUGACAGACGACAGCCAGGGCAACAAGUGGCCAGACUUCCUCCUCUCCUGUAAACAAGUCCAUGGCGAGGCCACUCUACUCUACUACGGCCACACCCUCUUCGAGGUACCAGACAUGGUUUCGCUCAGGUACUGGAUGGGCAUUCUACGAGCCGAUAGGGUGCUUGAGGCGCACAUGCCCAAGCAGAUCCACUUGAGACUUAGGUUCGACAACCGCCAGGCGAAGAGACUUGGCCCACUUGGAACAGGGGAGAGUACCAAGGUUCUGCUCGAGGAGAUGAUGCAGAAACUCGAGAAAGAUGGCACGCUGAAGGACGCAAGUGUGAUCAGGGUCAAGACUGUUCGCACCCAGGGGAUGCAGGAUGCUUGGAGCCCGGUGCAGGAUCUCUCGACUCAUGGCUCUGCCUCCGGAGCUUCGCAAUACCAUCUACUGUACCAAUUCGUCUUCGAUGGCGUCGAGAUAGUCGCCAUCGGGCUCAAGAAGGCACCCGCCUCGGCAACUGCGAUUCUCCUGACGUGCAAACGGACAUUCACGGAGGCGCUUCAGCUCUUCUAUGCUGCCACCAUUUUCCAAGCGAACGACGUCGGGGACUUGAAGCGCUGGCUGGUCAGCGUCGGCUCGCUCAGAACCAUUCUGGUCAAGGAGGUCCACUUUGAGCGGAACUAUCUACUUUUCUACGUUGGGGUGGGCGAUGAGUUCAAGAAGAUUAUGGAAGAGUUCAGGAAGGAAUUGAAUGAGGAGGAAGGUAUCUUGCUACGAGAGGACGUUGUGAAAGUGCGGACACGAGAGUCUGGGCCGAGGUACCUAGUAGCUGCAGAGCUCGAGGACGAUGACUACUUGCUUGACUGA